GGGAGCGCGUGGCUGCUGAAUCGUUCAGUCGGUCUUGUACUCUGAGCGAAAUGGACGGAAUCCGGUUCCGCUUGUGGACUUUGUGUUUUGUGCUUCUGCAUAGCGGCGUGUUAAACGGACUCUACAUCACACACAGUACAGACUCUCUCCAUCAGGUUCUGUCAGAGUUUGGUGUCAUUCGGCCGGUCAGGACCGACUCUGAAGGGCGGUUUCUCUCUCACUCAGUCUCUGCGCACCACCUGCCGAGACACGUCCGCAGAAAGAGACACGCCCACCAUUCGGACCCACCCACAACACAGGUAGACACGCCUCCAAUGCAGGCAGACAUACCCCUAUCCCAUUUAGGGGGCGGGCCGAGGAGCGGGGAGAGGAGGAAUGAGAGGAAGGAGAGAAUGGGACAGAGAGACAGGGAAGAGGACAGAGAGACUGUCUACUACAACGUCACCGUCUUCGGACGGGAGUUGCACCUUCGACUGCAUCUGAACAGGCGGCUGGUGGCUCCGGGGGCCCGGCUGGAGUGGCAGCAGGAGUCUGGACAGAGCCGCUGGCAGCCUCUAGAUGGCAACACGUGCUUCUACGCUGGAGAGGUCGCCCACCUACCAGACACCGUGGUCGCUAUUAGCAACUGUGACGGCCUGGCAGGAAUGAUCCGAAUGGGUCCGGAUGAGUUUUUCUUCAUCGAGCCUUUGGAGCGAGGAGAGGAAGAGGAGGGAGGAGGAAGACAGCACAUUGUCUAUCGCUCCUCUGCUGUCAUCAAGAGACCAGCUGUCAAUCAAACUUCUGACAAACACAAACCUGGUCCAUUUCUGGGCUCCUUGUUGGAUCUGGAAGCCUUGAAUCAGACUCAGAACCGUUACAAGUCCAGAUUGCAGCCGGGUCGGAGCCGUCGCUACAUAGAGGAGGCUGAGCUGUUUAACAUCGAGGUGCUGCUGGGGGUGGAUUAUUCUGUUCUUCUGUUCCACGGACGAGACAACAUUCAGAAGUACCUGCUGACCCUGAUGAACAUAGUGAAUGAGAUCUAUCAGGACCGGUCCCUGGGAGCAAACAUCAAUGUUGUUCUGGUCCGGAUUGUCAUGCUGAGUGCUACAAAGUCUAUGGAGUUGAUCGAGGUGGGGAAUCCGUCACAAAGUUUGGAAAAUGUCUGUGGUUGGGCGUUUCUCCAGCAGAGGGCAGAGCAGAGUCAUGCUGAGCACCAUGACCACGCCAUCUUCCUCACCAGGCAGGAGUUUGGACCCAGCGGGAUGCAAGGCUAUGCUCCUGUCACAGGUAUGUGUCACACAGUGCGGAGCUGCACCCUCAACCAUGAAGAUGGAUUCUCCUCUGCAUUUGUAGUCGCUCAUGAAACAGGACAUGUGUUAGGAAUGGAACAUGAUGGUCAGGGUAAUGACUGUGCUGAUGAGGUUCCUAUGGGCAGCAUCAUGGCUCCGCUGGUCCAGGCAGCAUUCCACCGUUACCACUGGUCCCACUGCAGUAGACAGGAGCUCCACAAGUACCUGAAUUCCUAUGAUUGUCUCCGUGACGACCCGUUUGAUCAUGAUUGGCCGGCUCAGCCUCAGUUGCCAGGUCUUCAGUUCUCCAUGGACCAGCAGUGUCUCUUCGACUUUGGAGUCGGAUACAGUACCUGCACUGCUUACAGCAGUUAUGACCCCUGUAAGCAGCUGUGGUGCAGUCACCAUGACAACCCAUUCUUCUGUAAAACUAAGAAGGGUCCGCCUAUCGACGGCACCAAGUGCGCACCUGGCAAGCACUGUUUUAAGGGCUACUGUAUCAAAGUGACCUCUGACCUCCUGAGACAAGAUGGCAGCUGGGGAACUUGGAGUCCGUUUGGUAGCUGUUCUCGGACCUGCGGGGGAGGAGUUCAGUUCCGCACACGAUACUGUGACAACCCUGUUCCGGCCAACGGAGGGCGCACUUGCUUUGGAAACAGCUAUGAGUUCCAGCUCUGCAGCCUGGAAGACUGUCCCCCUAUGGCUGACUUUAGAGAGGAGCAGUGCAGCAUGUGGAAUUCAGUCUUUGAACAUGAAGGAAAAAAACACCGCUGGCUUCCCUACGAACACCCUGACCCUGAUGAUCGCUGUCAGUUGCACUGCCAGUCGAGGGAGACGGGUGAUGUUGUGUCAAUGGACAGAAUGGUGCAUGAUGGGACUUUGUGUUCCUACAGCGACCCCUACAGUGUGUGUGUCAGAGGGGAGUGUGAGCAUGUGGGCUGUGACCACCAGGUUGCCUCAGACAAACAGGAGGACCGCUGUGGUGUUUGUGGAGGAGACAACUCCUCCUGCAAGAUCAUCAAGGGCAACUUCACCCGCAGCACCAAGAAACAGGGUUAUCUUAAGAUCCUUGAGAUUCCCAGAGGAGCCAGACAUCUUUUGAUCCAGGAGUCUACAGGAAGUCCUCACAUCCUAGUGGUGAAAAACCAGGAGACAAACUUCAUAUUCCUCAACGAUGGCCAGGAUUUCCCAGAAUCCUGUGUGGUGAUUGAAAGAGGCGUGGCCUGGGAGUACAGUAACAACCAUAGCCAGGAGAGCCUCAGGACCACAGGACCGCUCAAAUAUUCCGUGUUGGUCAUGGUGCAUCCAAGCGGUGAGUCCAAGGUCAGCCUGUCUUACAGGUACGUCCUGCACGAGCAGCUCAGCUCCUCUCUAGACAACAACCUACUGCAGGAAGACACCGUCUUCUACGAGUGGGCUCUGAAGAAGUGGUCUCACUGCUCCAAACCCUGUGGAGGAGGGAAGCAGUACACACGUUUCGGCUGCAGGAGGAAGGCUGAUGGGAAGAUGGUCCACAGAACCUUUUGCUCCGACAUCAACAAGCCCCGAGCCAUCAGCCGGACCUGUAACACAGAGUCCUGUCCACAAGCCCGUUGGGUGACAGGGGACUGGAAGGAGUGUAGUGCCUCAUGUGGUCAGACGGGAUACCAGCAGCGUGGGGUGGUCUGCCAGCAGGUUGAGCCUAGCAGGGGUCAGCGUUCAGUUCACCCAAAAAUGUGUAACCCAGACCGACCAGAGAGCAAACGACCCUGCAACCGCCUCCCUUGCCCAUCCUCCUGGAGGGUGGGGCCCUGGUCACAGUGCUCGGUAUCGUGUGGUAAUGGGACUCAGGAGCGUCAGGUGGCCUGUUCAGGUCCAGACGGGUCAUCUGGACUCUGCACAGAAAAUCAACCAAUCACAGUCCGUGUCUGCCAACUGCAGCCCUGCAACAGCGAACACAGGAACUCCAUCAUCCAGUGGCUUUCCAAAUCCAGUGCGGACUUUCCUGCUCUGAAAACUUCUUCUCGGCAGCGUUGCCGUGGUGACCAGUCGGUCUUCUGCCGUAUGGAGGUUCUGAGUCGGUACUGCUCCAUCCCCGGAUACCGACAGAUGUGCUGCAAAUCAUGCAGAGAGGGCAACAUUACCACAGAAACCAGCCUACCAACUCCAGCGGGCCCAGGGAACAGGUCUCUGACACCUCCCGCUCCCACCAUUGCCCUGUCACCCCCAUCUCCCACCAGCAGGGGCACCACAGAUUUCAUCUAUGUGGAUUAUGAUGAUUAUGAUGACUACUCUGAUGGUGAGAAUACCUGGACACCUAGAGUAACUUCCAGUACUCCUACCAGUACCACUAGUACUACCAGUAGCACCACUGUGGUCACUGCUGGUACCACUGCAAUAUCUACUUUAAGUAGACCUACUGCAGGACCUCUGAGAAAAACCACAGCAUCAUAUUUGUUAAGGACAAAACCUCCCGUAAUACUACCUGCUGUGGUCGCUACCGUUCCCAUGGACAGUCAACAGCCUAUACAGGUCAGGAUCAACGCCACCACCUCAGCCCAUGUACGGGCCGAUGAUGAUGACGUCAUCAAAGAGGAAGUGACCGGCACAAUGCUGACAAACACCAGCGAAGCGCCACCGGCUGUCCCCUCACUGCCACUUAGCCCCGCCCCUGGCAAAGGGGGGGAGAGAAAAGAGAACUCUCUAGACGAGGUAGGCUAUCGGAUCAGCGGGCUGGAUGGAGACAUCUCGAGGAGUCAACACAUCUUUGUGGCCCGUAUGCCUCCGUUCCAUGAGCGAACACAAAACAAACGCAUCCAAGAGCUUCUGAACGAGAAGCGAAGACAAGACGUACUCAGAAGAACAAGAGGAAAACAGAGACCCUAACUCACUCACACACACGCACACAGAUCAGCAUGUUCGGCUUGCUAGCUACAUCAUUAACGCUAACGCAUUCUGAUUCGGAUGUUGACUCAAAUAACGCUUUCUUUCCUUUACCCAGAGCCAAACAUCCUACAGUCUGUUCUUCCUGUUCACGAGAACACACAGCCUGUACACCUGUGCUGCUGUACAACAGGAUGGCUUAAAUACAGAGAACACACAGCCUGUACACCUGUGCUGCUGUACAACAGGAUGGGUUAAACGCAGAGAACACACAGCCUGUACACCUGUGCUGCUGUACAACAGGAUGGCUUAAAUACAGAGAACACACAGCCUGUACACCUGUGCUGCUGUACAACAGGAUGGCUUAAAUACAGAGAAAACACAGCCUGUACACCUGUGCUGCUGUACAACAGGAUGGGUUAAACGCAGAGAACACACAGCCUGUACACCUGUGCCGCUGUACAACAGGAUGGGUUAAACACAGAGAACACACAGCCUGUACACCUGUGCCGCUGUACAACAGGAUGGGUUAAACACAGAGAACACACAGCCUGUACACCUGUGCCGCUGUACAACAGGAUGGGUUAAACACAGAGAACACACAGCCUGUACACCUGUGCUGCUGUAGAACAGGGUGGGUUGAACACAGAGAACACACAGGCUGUACACCUGUGCCACUGUACAACAGGAUGGCUUAAACGCAGAGAACACAUUCGUUGUAACAAUACAAUGACAAAAUAAAAUGGCUUUUUUUAAACUGCUGUUC